AUGAAAUGCCACACCGGCGAGAAGCCGUUUUGCUGCGAAAAGUGCGGAAAACUUUUUAUGGUGCAACAGCAACUUCUCAAACACCAGAGUUGUGAAGGUAAGUGUGAGAAGUCAAAACCUGGACUCCUUGGAGAGCAAAAAGGUCACAUCAAAGAGAAGAGGUUUCCAUGUUUAUUAUGUGAGAAAUCCUUUAAACGGAGAGACCGCCUUGUUACCCACCAGAGAGUUCACACCGGAGAGAAGCCCUUUUCUUGUCCUGAGUGCGGCAGAUGUUUCUCCAUUAAAAGAAACCUGGAUGACCAUAUAAAAAUGCACAGCAGCGUGAAGCCGUUUACCUGCGAAGUGUGUGGGAAAGGGUACAUACAGCACCGGCACCUUCUUACACACAUGACAAGCCACACAGACGAGAGGCCAUUUUCAUGUUCAGAGUGCGGGAAGAGUUACAACCGAAAAGACCGGCUAGUCAAGCAUCAGAAGACAGAGGGUCACCAAUGGCAGAUACACAAAUAUGGAAGCGAAUAUUUUUCUGUCUAG